AGCCCGUGGCGCGCGGGGCAUUGUGGGCCGAGGGGCGGGGGUUGGGAAGAUGGCGGCUCCCAGCCUCCUCAACUGGAGGCGGGUUUCCUCCUUCACCGGGCCGGUGCCCCGCGCCCGGCACGGACAUCGAGCCGUGGCCAUCCGGGAGCUGAUGAUCAUCUUCGGCGGGGGCAACGAGGGCAUCGCGGACGAGCUGCACGUCUAUAACACAGUUACAAAUCAGUGGUUCCUACCAGCUGUGAGAGGAGACAUCCCUCCAGGCUGUGCAGCCCAUGGAUUUGUCUGUGAUGGAACUAGAAUCCUAGUGUUUGGGGGAAUGGUUGAAUAUGGAAGAUACAGCAACGAGUUAUAUGAAUUACAAGCAAGUCGUUGGUUAUGGAAAAAAGUGAAACCCCAGCCCCCUCCUUCUGGUUUACCUCCUUGUCCUCGGCUUGGACAUAGCUUCUCUUUAUAUGGUAACAAAUGCUAUUUGUUUGGUGGUUUGGCAAAUGAAAGUGAAGAUUCAAAUAAUAAUGUCCCCAGGUAUUUAAAUGAUUUCUAUGAGUUGGAGCUACAGCAUGGUUCUGGUGUUGUGGGAUGGGGCAUCCCAGCCACCAAAGGCAUUGUGCCUUCUCCACGAGAGUCCCAUACUGCUGUCAUCUAUUGUAAGAAAGGCUCCGCCAGUCCUAAGAUGUACAUCUUCGGUGGGAUGUGCGGUGCGCGUCUGGACGACCUGUGGCAGCUUGACUUAGAAACUAUGUCAUGGUCAAAACCAGAAACUAAAGGGUCUGUGCCACUUCCCCGAAGCCUCCACACAGCCAGUGUCAUAGGAAACAAGAUGUACAUUUUUGGUGGAUGGGUUCCACAUAAAGGUGAAAAUACUGAGAAUUCUCCCCAUGAUUGUGAAUGGAGAUGUACCAGCUCCUUUUCUUACCUAAACCUAGAUACAGCAGAGUGGACUACUCUAGUAGCAGAUUCUCAGGAGGAUAAAAAAAAUUCACGGCCAAGACCGAGAGCAGGACACUGUGCUGUUGCGAUCGGCACGCGGUUGUACUUUUGGAGUGGAAGAGAUGGCUACAAAAAAGCCCUCAAUAGUCAAGUCUGCUGCAAGGACCUCUGGUAUCUUGACACUGAGAAACCUCCAGCACCAUCACAAGUCCAGCUAAUCAAAGCUACUACCAACUCCUUCCAUGUCAAGUGGGAUGAAGUGCCUACGGUGGAAGGCUACCUUUUGCAGUUGAAUACUGACUUGACGUACCAAGCCACAUCGUCUGAUUCUUCAGCGGCACCAAAUACGCUAGGAGGCAGGACGGACCCUCACAGACAAGGCAGUAAUAGCAUCCUUCAUAACAGUGUUAGUGAUACAGUAAAUAGUACAAAACCUGAACACACAGCUGUGAGGGGAGCUGCACUGAAAAGCAAGGCAGACCCGAGAGCAGCAGGUUCCAGUGCUGCUCUGCAGUCAGCGCCAGUGCCCAACGCUUCCAGUAACAGCAGCUGUGUGGCGGCCGCGCUGUGGAGGAGUGAAGUUGAUGAAAUAUGUGCUCUGCCUGCAACUAAGAUCAGCCGUGUAGAGGUGCAUGCUGCAGCAACAGCAUUUUCUAAAGAGACGCCUUCAAAUCCAGUGGCCACUUUGAAAGCAGAGCAGUGGUGCGAUGUGGGGAUUUUUAAAAAUAACACAGCUCUGGUGAGCCAGUUUUAUUUGCUGCCGAAAGGAAAACCAAGCAUGUCAAAGGUAGGAAAUGCAGACGUACCUGACUAUAGUUUGCUUAAGAAACAGGAUCUUGUUCCAGGAACAGUAUAUAAAUUCAGGGUUGCUGCAAUCAAUGGCUGUGGAAUUGGCCCUUUCAGCAAAGUCAGCGAAUUUAAGACAUGUAUCCCUGGCUUUCCUGGAGCUCCAUCUACAGUCCGCAUUUCUAAGAACGUUGAAGGUAUCCACCUUUCCUGGGAGCCUCCAACUUCACCUUCUGGGAAUAUUUUGGAAUAUUCGGCCUACUUGGCUAUCCGCACAGCACAGGUGCAAGAUAAUCCAAGCCAACUUGUGUUCAUGAGGAUCUACUGUGGUCUGAAAACCUCAUGCAUAGUGACUGCAGGGCAGCUGGCCAAUGCAUAUAUAGAUUACACAUCCAGACCUGCCAUUGUGUUCAGAAUAUCAGCAAAGAAUGAAAAGGGCUAUGGACCAGCCACACAAGUCCGAUGGCUGCAAGGUAACAGUAAGAAAGCUCCUUUGAGUUGAGUUGUUUUUAUUAAAGCUGUUGUGAUAGUUAUUUAUUAGUAACUGGUUAUGAACAUCUGUUCUUUGAGUAUUCUCUGACUGUAUUUCUAGCAGUUAUGAAUUUGAGUUUUGUAAGUUGUUCUUAAAAUGUAUUUGCUCACUUCUAGAUCCAAAUAAAGAUAGAAAGAAGCAAAGACUGAAAAUUAGUAUAUGGAUUCUUCCUUACCCAUGUAGCUACUCAUAAAGAAACAAAUUAGCAAAAUGAAGAUAAAAGCCGUAAGGUGUAUUGCCCCUUUUCUUUAUGAAGGCUGUAUAACUCAGUCAUCUUGUGGCUCCUGAGCUGAGUUUAGUCACUGGCUGUUACCCCCGCUGUGGAGGAUGUUUCCCAUGUUGUAAAUGCCCUGUCUGAGGAGCCGCCAGCUUAUUCCAGGAGCAGGGGCUUCUGUCAGCAUCCCUCAGUGCAGAGCAUCUGGGUUCCAUGUUUAGGAGCCACCCACUCCCUUAUCUCCAGUUAUCACAAGCUUGAGCAGUUAAAAGAGAAAGGCAAAUUCAGCAACUCUGCUUUUGAUUUUUAAAAUCAUUUUCUGAGAAUCCUAGCAAAAUAUAAAAAUGAUAGUGGACAGUCUUGAUUUGUAUGUGACCAAGAUACACGAAUGUGUCUUUAGCUAAAGCACUUGGUCUGUUGGCCCUCGUUCUCUUUACCUGCAAGGAAGAGAGGUAGGCAAGCUUUCCUAUAAAGUCCCUUUCAGCUCCAGACGGUCCUUUUCCGUGGGCGUUGGCUAUGUCCCCGGACACCGUCACGUAUCAGCAGCCGUAGGGCUUAGCUGCUUGCCCACGGCCUCAUCAGAGAUGAGAGGGUAAGGAUGGCCUCCUCUUGAGAGAGAAAUAAGUACCUUAACGGGACCCAGGUUUUUACACAGUGUUUUAAACAUUUGUAAGAUCUUUGUAAAUGCUCUAGAUGUUUUAUUUUUGAAUUAUUUUUACCUCAAAAUUGUAUAAGCUUUUUUAUAUUAAAAAAAAAAAGCAUUAGACGACCACUUCAGGCUCUUUGCCACCUUAGAGAUGCAGAAAGCUCCGAGACCGCUUGGCCACAGGUAACUUUAUUUACACCGUUUGAAGUAUCCUAGUUGGGCUGCUUAGUCAGCUGGGAAGGGGCUAAACACAGAGCAGAAACUGCAGAGCAGACCGUCAGGCCGAGCAAGGGCUGCAGGAACCGCAGCACAGGCCAGCUUCUCCGGCCACGCAGUCUCAUGCCAGCUUAGGGCAACCGGUAGCUGUGCCCUCCAGCCUUAGGUGUGAGAUGCCCAGUGAAGAUGGAGAUAGUUGUGAAGAACUGAUAUAUAUGCCAGUUACUAACUUAAAGUGUAUAGAAUAUUUUAAUAUAUAAUUUUUUUGUAAAAAACUGGGAUUUUUAUACUACAGUAUUUGUAAUUAAUGUGUCUCACUAAUUAAAUUUCUCUUGAAGAAAAUAUGCAAACUGUUAGACACAUGAGUGGCUUCUGAACUCUAAAGAUAAAAUAAAUGCACUACUGUGGUGUUGCUAGGAUACCUUUUUGGGUACGUGAAUCUUCCUCAUUGAAAGGGUCCUCUCCGGGCAGUGUUUACAAGGAGGCCUCUGGUUAUCCCAGCAGCCCCCACCCCGUGGGAGAGCGUCACUCUGCCUUCAUUUCAUUUCUGUGCUUUGCUUUGGCAUCGCUUGCUUUUUGCACUGGUAGACGUUGAACUUACCUCAUUGUUGUGUUUGUAAUCAUUGUGUAGCUUCCAUGAUGUGUCUGAUAGAAGCUAAACAUGUCUUAACCAAAGUUACAUGGUAUGCAGAUUUGCACAGAUCGAACAGUAGGCUUGGUUGUACACGUGUGCUCAGCUAAGAAGAGCAGCCGAUUUAGAAGGUGUGUAUUUUAAGCCCACUUACUUUAGUAGAAAACUUUCGGCUUCCAAUCCUAUUCUGUGUAUUAAUUAACAGUUUGCAUCUUGGAAACAUUCAUCUUACUGUUGAGGAAUAAGUUGAUGUAAAGCGGCCGAGAACGUUGGUUUUUGUGCACAUCUUUACCUAUUCAGUAUGUGGUUUAGUUUAUUUUGCUUAAAGUCAUCACCUUCUAUUCUAGACUAGGAGGCAGAUGUGAGCCCAUGGUUCUAAUACACGAUUUACUUCUUUAAAGAAACGGUAGCCUUUCUAUACUAAGUGAUUUGUUAAAAUAAUAAACCUUUUUUACCUCGAGAAUUGCCCAAAUUGUAUUUUUUUCCAUUGACCUUACUUCCUUAAGCAUGUAUCAUGUUUGUGUUUCUAUUAUGGGACCGGUGUGUCUGUUAUGGGACAGUGGCCAGAAGAUCCCUUAGCAGACGUGGGUGGCUCUGCUGUUAGCAGUUCCUGGGGUGCUGGGACUGUGUGUCCUUGACCCGAGUAGAGCAGCCAUCAUGCCGACAUGAGCACCGGACUUCUAAAGACCUUUGCAGCUGCGACCUUCCACACCUUGUUUUCUUUCCCUCUGUGUGUGUGUGUGUGUGUGUGUGUGCGCGCGCGCGUGCGCUCGCGCGUGCUCUGGAGAUUGACCUUGGGGCCUGGGCAACUAGGCUAGUGUCCUAACACCAAGCUACACCACAGCCCAGGCAGAGAACUCUUCUAAGAGGAUUUCCCUGCUUUAAGUUUCUUUCUUUCGUCUCUGAGCUAUAUAGCUGUCUUGUGUCACAAGCCUCUUCAUGUGUUCUGGACUUUAGUUCACAUAAGAAGUGUUCUUAUAUGAUAUUGUUGAUACUGCAUGCUCUUAGAAUUAUGUUUUUAAAAAUACUUUAUUGGCCUUAUUUUAGUUUAGCACAUUGUUUUGGCAGUUUAACUAGAAAUAAUAAGUUUUAUAUAAACUCAAUCUGUAUUUAAGAACUAAAAUAAUGUGACUGCAUGUCUGAGGCGCCUUCGCCCAUCCCCAGUCCAUGCACAGUCAUCUGUAGAGAAGUAAGACUGUUGUCCCUUAGUUGAAAGACUUGUAGACUAGCAAAUCCUGCUUCUGCAUAGUGAGUGUCUGCUGUAACUGAGGGGUUUGAUUUAAAAUGAUAGCAUAUUAACACGAAGACCAUUUGUUAGGCUCUGUCUGGAGUGAUUAGUAUUUGGGGCUCCUGUAGUCAUUGGCUCCUAAGUGGCGAGCCAUUUGAAGUGUAACUGUUGCGCUUCAGUGAAGACUGAUUUCAGGCAGUUGUAUGUAUUGUGUACCAAUGAUGUAUAAAAUAAAAGCACCUUUUUCAAUGAA